AUGGACGAGGAAGGAAGCCCUUACUUCGGAAUGAAAAUAUCAUUCAGAAGCAGUCAUCUCGGUUCCGGGUUGCUUUGGCACCCGAAGGCAGACGACGACGAUGAUUAUUCCUCGGACUCGUCGUUGCGAUCGUUCAGCGCUGACGAGGUUGCCGAGCUGGAGGAGAAAACUGGUCGGCUGGCGCCGGACAUGGUGGACAGUCUGCUGGACGAGAUCGCCGAGCAGGCACUGGAGUCAGAGCGGCAGGUGGCCCAAGGCUUGGUGCACGUGCUCGAGGGAAGUCUGCGCGAGGAACAUGCGUUGGCAGUCGGCCACGACACGCUGGACGCUCCGGCCGAAAAGUUCGCCCAGCUGCUGGCCUACGGCGACAGCAACAACCGCGAGGGCCAGACCGUCAGCCGCAAGAGCCAGGCGACACAGACGACAGAGAUGAUCGAGCUGAUGGACCGCAGGGAGGCCAAGCUCGAGAAGGGUUGCACCUGCAUCGUCGAGACCGUGCAUCAGAUGAAGAGUCUGCUGGAGCAGCUGCAGUUCCACUGGCAGUCGUUCAGUGGUCCGAGCGGCGGCGAUGCGUUCCUGCACUUGAGCAUGGACAUCGCGACGGAGAUUGAGGGCAAUGCGAUGCAGCUAAUCAAGUGGAGCGAGGCCCAACGUGCCGCCUGCCUCGCAGCCAGCGCCUCGAGUACGUGCCCAGGAGCGAGAGUGUCGCCGAACUGACCGAAUUCCAAAAUUACCUGGACCUGGACGUGGUCGACGCCGACGACCCUUCUUUAUUUUCCAAUCAAUGCGCAGAAAGAGGAGGAUUAAUACAAUAAACGCAGCC